AUGGCUCGGCUGUGGAGGGAAUACAAAACUCCAGAUGGAUCGAAAUAUUACUAUAAUAUCGAAAGUAAACAGUCCACAAGAGAACGCCCAUCGGAUUUUGCCGAGCAGGAAUUGGACGGUAAAAAGAGAAAACUGCAACAAACAAAAGUUGCUUGCAGUCUUGAUCUAGCAAAUAAUUCGAAGCUCAGCAUAUGCCAAGACGGCUCAAGACGUUUUAAGCUUGGGGAUAGUGGAACAUUACAGGAAGAAAUAGGCGAUGAAGAAAGUUUGAACAUAUUAUCACAAUCGGACGAGCAAAAACUGAAACGGCUGGUCCGUUCUGGUAAGAAAAAGGGAGAAUUUGACACCCAAGUCCACGAAGAAGUUCUGAAGCAUCUAGAGACAUUAACGAACCCGCCAGAAAAAGCUGCUGAGGAAAAGGGCCAAGAAAGUGAUUUUCCCAGCUCGAAUUCAGAGUCGAGUGCAGAGGACCACAUAGUCGCUGGUUACAGUACCUCAGAGGAAGAGAGCGACAACGAGGUGCAAAGUCUGGACGAGGUGCACAGUGAGAGUGAAGCACAGACUGAGAAUGAACUGCAUAAAGAAAACUUCUCCAGCGGCUCAAGUUCAGACUUGGAAAACAAGGAGAUAUUCACGUCUAUGUUUCCACUCUAUUCACUCGAUCCCUUUUCGACCUGGAACAUGCAAUCCAAAAAGCUUCAGGACGACCCCAGAUUCUACAAAGUCGGCAAGGACUCUGUCAGAGAGCAAUACUUCGAAGAAUGGUGCACCCGACAGUGCAACAACAGCAAGUCAACCGAUGACUACGUCAAUGAGAGUGAACUAGAUUCGGAAUCAGAGCCGGACUCUGACAGGCUAGAACCCACAAAGUAUCAUUACUUGUCACAUAUUGUUUCUAAAGCCACAAUAAAGCCUGAAACUCUGGCCAAGGACAUACGUGCAGAGCAGAAAACGCUGUUCAGGCAGUUUAAAAUCAAGAACAGUCUUGACAAGAAAGCUCAGGAAGCAUUCAUUUCCAAGAUCUUAUUCUACUACAAGAAACUGGAUCAUAACCAAAGAGUCGAUGUGUUUGAAAAGUUGCUAGAUAGCAAAUCGAGAUCUAUAGAACUAGGGCUGCGACAUACCAACAAAUUGAAGGACAUGCCGCUACAUGGGGAUCUACCAGAGAAACCAUUUGCAAUUGAAACAUUAUUGCUCGAGCUCGAGGACUGCAUCGACAUCCACGGGCUCAACAAAUCGAUACAAACCGAAGUCCAGUACUACGUCCUAGGAAUCAAACCUAAAACAAUUGCCAUGAAAAAAUGUCUUCAAAACUAUGAAUCAAAGGUAUGA